AUGAUGUUAACAAAUUUUAAUGGUACUUAUUAUCUUAAAUAUUUUCUUAUAUGUUUAAUUAUUUUUUCCAUCAUAAUUAUUUAUCAUAACAAUUUUACUUCAUUGCAUAAUUUGAUUGUUAUUUCAAAUCAAAUAUUUACAAAAGAAUUUCAACAAACUUAUUAUUAUCAUCAUUAUUAUCAAUUACCUUCGUUAAGGAAUAAACAUUGUACAUAUUCUACAUGUUUUAAUAUUCAUAAUUGUAUUCAUGAACUUGUUCAUAAAUCAUUGCAUACUAUUAGAAUUUAUGUUUAUCCUAUAGAAAAUAAUUCAUUAUUUACAAGUUUUAGUGAACAAUUUAUUACUUUAUAUAAUACUAUCUUAUCUAGUAAAUAUUAUGUAAAUCGCAUUGAACAAGCAUGUAUCAUUGUGCCAGGGCUAGAUUUAUUAUAUGCUUAUUCGGAUGACAAUCAAAUGAUCGAUUUAUCUAUGCGUUAUUUACAUCAUUUACCAAGUUGGAAUGAAGGGAAAAAUCAUUUAAUUGUGAAUUUCCUAUCAAAUGAAAAAUUGCAGAAUUCUGCUUCAGCUAUUGUUGCCAGUGCUAGUCAUACCAGUUUAACAUUCAGACCAAAAUUUGAUAUUGUUCUACCUGCAUUUAAUCCAUUCACUGUUGUAGUGAAUCAAGGUAUUUAUGAAAGACGUACUAUAUUUUUGAUAGUUUUCCAGUCUACCGAUGAGAAAUUCAUCAACCAAGUGCAAUAUCUUUUAUUAGAUUCUCGUACAUUCAAUUCAAAUUCACAACAAACUAUACUUGUCCUAGAUUAUUCAUCAAAUCAAUCUAAUACAACCUAUAAUCAACGUUUUGCACUAGUAUCUGAAUCUCAUUAUCGUCAAAGUAUGAAAAAAUGGAUAAAUUACUCGGAAUCAUUGUGUUCUAGUGAAUUUUGCUUGAUAAUUGAUGCAGACAAUGUAAAUCGUUUUAAUUUGUAUGAUAGUUUAGCAUGUGGUUGUAUCCCAGUGAUUGUCAAUGAUGAAAUUGUUUUACCUUUCUCAGAAGUCAUUGAUUGGUAUAAAAUCUCUAUUCAGAUUCCUCGAGCAAAAUUUCAAAAAAUCCCAUCCAUUUUAUCAACAUAUUCAUUGAAAGAAAAAUUUCUUCUUCGAAAACAGAUAAUGUUUAUUUAUCAACGUUAUUUUUCAUCAAUUGAAAAAAUUAUAUUGACUACUUUGGAUAUAUUAAAUGAUCGUGUAUUUCCUCAAUAUUCACGAUCUUAUGCUGAAUGGAAUUAUCCUAAUUAUUCUAAGGUUGGAUUACCUAUAUCACCAGUAUUAUUUUACCCAGCUAAAUCUUUUCCACGUAUCGGAUUUACCGCUCUCGUUCGAGCUCACAAUCAUUUUUCACUACUUUGUAUUUUGUUAAAAUCAAUUCAAUCUGUAAAAUCCUUGAAGCAGGUUGUUGUUGUAUGGACAAAUAAAAUUUAUCCAGUUCCUGAUUCUGCAUUAUGGCCAACUUUAACCGUCCCUUUAAGUAUAGUUCGUUCAGCUUAUGGCUCAGUAAAUGGUCGAUUCUUUCCUUAUCGACAAAUAAAAACUGAAGCUGUUUUUUCUAUUGAAGAAGAUACAUGCUUACCUUCGGUUGAUUCAAUCGAACGUGCAUUUGAGUUAUGGUGUGAAAAUCCUGAACGACUAGUCAGCUUAUCUGAUAAAUCUAUCUGGCAUUUGUAUGAUGACAAUCAAUCGUUUUCUGCUAGUUUCUCAUCAGUAUUCUUCCAUAAACAUUAUUUACAUUUGUAUACGGAUCUAUUGGCAAAUCCUAUCAAAGCAUUUAUCGAUAAUUUAGAUACAUGUGAAGAUAUUUUCUUUUAUUGGUUCAUUAUACAAACAUCUGAUGGUCAAUCAGUAUUGAACAGUAGCCAAAGUGGCAAUAAUUCAACUAUUAUAGACUAUAAUUCAUCUAAUUUAUAUAAUUUUACUAAUGAAUGUCAUAUUACACCGAAACAUUGUUCAUUUUAUGUAAGUCAAUUGAAAGCAUUUAUGAAACAAUUUGAUCGAACAAAUUAUUAUCCAAUGAAAAUUUCUCAUAUAACAGCUGGUGCCUUAUAA